AUGAAUUGCACGCGAACCAACCGCCGCGCCAUCGUCCGUGUCUUUACCGCUUUGUCUCUCUCGCGUGUCGCCGCCCACCCCGAGCCCGUCACCUCACAUCGCACCGCGCCUCGCGCGUCUUCUCGCGCGCGCGCGAUGCGAUCGUCGGAGGUGAUUGGGAACCUCGUAAACGCCUUCGAUGUCGCUUCGAACGCGUCUACGAUCGCCGCAGUCGCUCUUUUGGGGAUUUUCACCCUCGGGCUCUUUUUCAUUCUUUUCGUCCGCGCCCGCGCGCGCGCGACGCUCGCGCGCGCGUCCGUCCCCGCGGUGACGUGGCGGCCAAAGUUUCUGUGGCGUCUGUACUCUCGGAGCGCGCGUUCGCUGUUACAGAGGGUCGAACAGAGGUUUAGGAGAGGCGACGGGUCGGGACGCGGCCGCCGGGCGUUCGGCGCCGUCGUCGGCGCGUGCCCGUUCGUGCACGUCGGCGAGGCGCGGUUAGCUCGGGACGUUUUGCGGGAGACGUCGAGAAAGGCACCGCUGUAUCACGCGUUCGAGGCGUUCUCGGGGACGGGUAUAUUCACCGCGGAGGGCGACGACUGGGACGGGAAGCGGACAGAGGUGCUUCGAGCGUUUCACGACGUCGGAUUGGCGUCGUUACGAGACCGCGCGGUGGAGGAGAGCGCGAGCGCGGUGGAGGAGAUGCGAGAGGUCGUUGAGCGCGGUGGAGGGGAGAUCGAGGCGAGGGCGCUGCCGAUAUUGCAGAGGUUGGCGCUGCGGGUGACGUUCGCGUACCUCACCGGCGUUUCGCUGCGACGCGCGUGCGAAGACGUCGGACGCGAGCGGUCCGAGGUGGAGGGGGAGUACUUAGAUGCGGCCACGACGCUGAGACAUUUGAUUCCGGCUCGGGCGCGUAGUAUUUGGAUAUUUAGCGAUUUAUUGUACGGGUUGACGCCGGUGGGUCGACUCGAGGCGAGGAAGAUUCGGACGACGCGCUCGCUGUCGGCGCUGGCGCUGCGCACGGCCAAGGAAGAGUCGCCACUCGGGAGACUUCGAGUCGGAGAGGCGCACUUGCGUGAGAAAUCGAUCAAGGUGGGCAAGGAUGAGUAUCCGAAGGGACUUCUCGACGAGGCGACGACGCUCUUAUUCGCUGGUCACGACACGCAGAGUGCGACUUUAUCGUGGUGCCUGCUUCGGCUCGUGCAAGACGUCGAGGUACAGAGCGAAUUGCGUGCGAGCUUACGAGAUGACAUCAUUGAGGAAGCAUUAGGGUUACCGCCGUCGAAAAGCGGGUCUCGUCAGCGACGUUCGUCGGAGAAGACGACGAAACCCGCCUGGGCGACGUCAGCCUUUGCGCCCACGCUCGAGGCGGUGAUUCGAGAGACUCUUCGCCUCCAUCCGGUGGCGCCGCUCGUCGUGCGCAUGCUCUCCUCGGAUACACAUAGUGAGAAGAUGACAAUUCCAAAAGGGUGUGCCGUGGGUGUUUGGUUGAGCUCGGUGCAUCGCGACGAGUCGGUUUGGGAACGACCCGAGGAAUUUGAUCCGAAGAGAUGGUUCGGCGGACCCGCACACGCGAGAACUGGGUCCAUGGGAGGGAGCUCGAACGACGAUGACGACAAUGGAGGCAUUUUGACGCCCUCACGGGAUCGGAGCAACGCGCUCAGGCACAAGGGCGUCGGUUACAUGCCUUUCGCGUAUGGGCCGCGCUCGUGCGUCGGCCAACACUUGGCGCAGGUCACGAUGCGCGUCGCACUCGCGCAUCUCGUUCACGCGUUCGAGUUCGCGCCGAGCGCGGACCUCGACGCGUCGAUGCCAUCCGUGGGUUUCACCGUGACGCCCUCGACGGGCGCACCCGUGCGAGUUCGUCUCGCCGCGCGCGCGCCCGCGUAG